AUGCCUCCUCGUGCAGCUAAUGCUGCUUCGAGUAGCAUUUUCAAUCUGUCGAGCCUACUUCAGAGCUUGCCAACGACUUCUCGCGGUCAAGUCUUUUCCAAAUGCUCGACAUGUCUUUUUUCUACAAGCCCUCAUCUAGAGGCCAAGAGAGCGAAGAAACACAAAGUUCGAAGACAUAUAGAUCCUUACCGCCUGGCGCAAGCACGACAACGGAAAUCAGCAAAUCUUGCGCGUCAAAGAGUCCUUGUUGCUGAACGUCAAGCGACUCUAGGCAAUCCGAUUCGAUCGCAAUCAACCCCCUUUGUCAAUUCAUUACACUCCAAAAAUAUUCCAGCGAGUACACAGGAUUCAUAUCUAAACUAUUUCCUCAAGCCAGAAGAUAUGUCAAAGUCCCUAGAUUACUCGAAGUGGUUGUCUCAGCCAGUUCCCCAGAGAGCCGAUAUCCAACCUAGGGCCGAGGAGAUCCAUGCAAAAGAAGUCAAGGCUCACGAAGCGUCUCACGAGAAUGCUUCCAAAGCGCUUCAAGCCAUUGCUGCGCUGAACAAUGCAAGCAGCAAGGAUCGUACCCGAAUCAACAUCGAUCGUUGCAUUGAGGAAUUCGGGCGACAUAAAACCGAUUCCACCCUGGCCCCAAGACUUCGCAGCAAAUUCUCGACUCCAGUUGAGCCUCGUAAAAGGAUAGGUGUCGAUACCGGCUCCUCCGAAGUUCAAAUAGCCAUCCUUACCACCAAAAUCAAUGUUCUAGCGGACAAUCUGCACAAUCAGGACAAACACAACAAGCGAAAUUUGCGGCUCUUGGUCCACAAGAGACAAAAAUUACUCAAAUAUCUAAGAAGAGAGGACAAGGGCGGACCGAGAUGGCAGAAUGUCGUCGAGAAACUAGGUAUCUCCGAUGCGAUGUGGAAGGGAGAGAUUACCCUGUAA